AGAGAACCAGCUGAGAUGAAGCUGGAGGUGCAGGUGGAGACCCUGAACUACGCGGUGGGGGUUCUGAACAGCCUCUUUCUGCUCACAGGUUCGGCUGGAAUCGGCUUCGGACUCUUUAUCCUGUUUGGUGACGACAACCUGAUGACCGUCCUCCAAUCAAAAGAGCUGGUCACAGUGGGCGUGGUGAUGAUGCUGACCGGCGUGCUGAUGGCGGUGGUGGUUUGUCUCCUGGCGCCCGGGGCUCGGCCCUCCGUGCUGCCGUGGUACGCGGGCUCCUUCAGCGUGCUGAUCCUGGCUCAGCUGUUCGUCAUCCUGCUGAUGCUGCUGAGUAGAGACAAAGUCCAGAGUGAUCUGGAUCUGACUGUAGAUCAGAUCAUCGUUCAGUAUCGAGGAACCAGCAGAGAAGAUUCACUGAUGGACAAGAUACAGAGACAUGAGGCGUGCUGUGGGAGGGCGGGGCCUGCUGAUUGGCAGAAGAACUUAUACGUCCAGAACCGGACCGACCCAGACCCGGACCUGGACCUGCUGCCCUGCUCCUGCUUCAACAAGUCAACGAGUCCUGGAGGGGACUCGCCCUGGUGCGAAGGGACACGAAGCAGCUACGAUCAGGGCUGUCAGAAUCAGUUCUCUCAUUGGCUGAUGGAAAACUCUCUGACGGUCGUCGGCAUGCAGCUCACCGUCAUCGUCGUCGAGCUGGUCCAGGUGGCGCUGGCGCUGGCGCUGCACCGAGCGCUCCGCAGGAUGGCGGCGCUGCAGAUGGCGGCGCUGCAGAAAGCGGCGGGCGGCGCUGGAGGCGACGAGGACGACGGCGAGAAGAACUUUGGCUUCGUGGAUCCUGACGGCGGUUACGACGACCCCGCCCAUCCAGCGUAUCGCCACGACGACCAGAACUCUGUCGACCUCGCCGAUCUGUCAUAUCGCCAUGGCGACCAGAACAGCUGAUUAAAUAUAAAAUCAGUGAAUGACUCCAUUAACAAGUCUGUGAUGUUUUAGUUUUAAUUUGCUACUUUAUUAUUAUAUUUUUAUUAUUCUAACCCUAUAAAACAAAUGCACAAAUAAAUGUCAUAAUAAAUAAAUAAACAGGAAAGUAAAUAAAGAAGCAAACAAACUCAAUGUUUGUCACAUUUUAUUGAAUUAUAAUUCAUUGUUAAUAUUUUUCAUUUGAAGGCUGAUAAAUUUAUCAUCGAGUCAUUUAAUGAGAUCAAAGAGAACAAAGAGUUUACAGUUUACAACUUUUAAAUCUGUUUAGUUUUUAUUUCUAUUAAUUUUGUCUAAAUUCAAAUUCUGGAAUAAAUCAAAUAUGUGAAGAAAUGAAUUAUUUUACUGCUGAAGUUUUCAGUUAAUAAAUCAGAUUAAACUGAACCAACCAACCA